GUUCAACAUGGCGGUUGUUUAGGUUGUUUUUUGUUCAUUUUUUAGUUUCCCAAAAUUUAAAUUUAAAAAUAAUUGACUCGAGUCCAAGGGCAAGAUGGGUCGGUCGCCCAGCCCUCCUCGGCGACGCGACGACAGGCGCAGAGAUGACAGAAGGGACCGAGAUAGGGACCGCGAAAGGAGAAGACAGCGCACCCGGUCGCGUUCCCGGUCCUUAGAGCGGAGGCGGCGCUCCCCAGACCGCCGCAGAUCGCCAUCACCGCGUCGCCGACGAUCCCGUUCGUUAUCGCCAACUCCAACCACCUCCUUCGUCCCUAAACCUAAGAAAACCUUCGGGGAACGUCCCAUUGUGACCCCAGCAGAUUUGGAGGGAAAAUCCCCUGAAGAACAGGAGAUGCUCAAAAUCAUGGGCUUUUGCGGAUUCGACACUACAAAAGGUAAGAAAGUGGAAGAUAAUGUUGAAGGAGAGGUGCAUGUUGUGUUAAAGAGGAAGUAUAGACAGUACAUGAACAGGAAAGGCGGGUUCAACAGGCCCUUGGACUUCGUUGCGUAGAAUCAACCGCUCGCAGCACUCGAGCAGACCUCCAGGGUCUUAACUUGUUUAAUGAUGUGAUAUUCAGUAGAGGCUGUGGAAAUGUGCCAGUGUGACUUGCUAGGCUUUUUGAGCAAAGGUUAUUUCAUAUUUUCCCUGUUUUUAAUGAGAA